UCCCCAGCAGUCGAACGACGCUGUCGCUAGACUCUCCCUGCUCCCAAGCUCGAACCCCAGCUCGGAGCCGACUAACACUAACAAAAAUAACCAGCUUAAGAGUCCCUCGAACCAGUCGUUGUCCAGUGCAUCCUGGACAGCAAUCCCUCUUACCAGGCCGCUUCGGCGAACUACCCGCCAUCUCAGCCCUCCUCAGCCACAGACCCCGAGUGCCCGUCUCCAUUUAAGGUUCCUGGCUCGGAGAAGUUCCGGAUUAGCAUCGGCCGAAUCUCGGAUUGCCCCGAUCGUAUUUGGCAAUUAGGCUGUUGCCGGCUAGCGCUCCAGGUGCCGCCUGCCAUCCAGCCGCGUCUUGAAUGCAAACAUCGGAUACGCGUAUUAAAGAACACAUCCUGUUUCAAAGCAAGGUGCCAUGUCUACUGUACAUCUAUCUCAUUCUGACCGGGGUGGUAUAAAAUGCUCGCAGUUGCAACACUCAAGCUCAGGAGACGAGACCUUGCAAGAGAACAGGGUGAGCUGUGGGCAGUUCGAUGUUGCACUGAAUGUAAUAGCACCUGGACCCACAGUAAGUAUAAGUUAAUGAUGUCCCGAGAUAUCGAGCGGUUACAGCGCGAAAUUGCGGCACGAGGGAUCCUUGCACCGAUAUGGCUUAAGAUGAGAAUCGACAAACUCCGAGGAAGGCCACUGGGAAGGCAAGUUGGUUGUGGCAGCCGGUUGCUUGACCUCCGUGCCGUACAGUAAGACGGGUGGAGAGUAGC